AUGGCCUCCCGCUACGCCCAAGGCGGGCCGGGCACAACGAGCGCCGGUGCAUUCUUCCAGAACCAGCGAGCACCCCAGCAAUACAAGCCUCUCGCCGGCAUGGGCAUGAACGGCGGCAUGAACAUGAACGGCGCCGGCAUGGGCGCUGGGAUGAACGGCGGCAUGCCUCAGCCGCAGAUGCAGCCCGUCGCCAACGGAGGCGCCCCGCGAGCAGUCCGCCGAGGUUCGAACGGGGGCACGGCCCGCGGCCCGACCCCCGGCUCCGAGGACGAAGCGGCAGCGGCAAACGCAUGGACAGGAAGGACACGAAGGAUACCGCCUGGGUGCACUGGAGGGCUCUCAAGGACUUUCUCUCGGCGUGGGCGGAUAAGGAGCGACACCAUGGAGGAGGAGAUUGGCCGCUGGUUCGCGUCGUGCAGGCAAGCUGACAUUGCGCCCUCAGCCCCGUUCCUCCCUGUGCGCGACGACUUUCACCCAAAGCGGAACCAGGCGCGGCAGAAGCUUGCGACCCUGCCGAAGAACCGGUUCAAGGACCUCGCUUCCGACGUCUUCUACGAGCUCCGCCGGCGAUACCCCGAGUUCGACGACGACACCUCGCUGUACGGCGGCGACGAUGCGCAGUCUGCCACCGGCGGCCCGCCAAGAUCCGACUCGCGCUCCGCCCUCAGCCACGACCGCAAGGGCUCCGGACUCUCUUCUGGCGGCGGCGGCCAGAUGGCCCAGGUGCUCCGGGCGCAGGCGGAGGAGCCCAAGCGGUUCGCGACCCCAACAGCGGCGACGAGCGACAUUGUCGUCCCGAACAAGAGCACGAUUACCGAAGAGGCGAUCGAGGUCCCCUACGCCCGGGACAGCGUCGACGGGGCCGCCGACGAGCCGCCCGCAACCCGCUUCCGCACCGAGACGCCAGUGAGCAUCCGGAAAAACUCGCGCGACGAGGUCGUGUCUCCGCGAACGACCGAGGAGAACGGUCCCGGAUGGCACGAGCGCGACAGCUUCAUCUCGAACACAACAUCGCGGUCGAAGCCCAUCGACGGCGACGCCGAGGAGCGGAUCCGGAAGGAGUACGAGCUCCGCGUUGCAGGGCUUGAGCGGCGGUGCAACACGCUCGAGGGCGAGAAGGAGGACCUGUCCCGGCAACUGGCGGACGAGCGCGAGCGGCGCAAGGACUACGAGGACGAGGUGCGCGGUCUAAAGGAGCGCGCGACGACACACGCUUCCUCGCUCCGCAGCAUACAGCACGAGCUCGACGUGGCGAGGGAUGCGCACGCCGCUUUGCGCGAGCAGACCGACGCCUCGGCGCGGGCAGCGAGCGACGAGGCGGGGGAGUGGCGAUCUCGCGCCGAGGCGCUGGAGGACGAGCUGCGCCGUCUCGAGACCGAGCACGCCAAUUGCGGGCAGGGCGGGGCGGACGAGGCCGUCGUCGCCGAGCUGCAGGGCGAGGUGAAGAGUCUCGUCGAGGAGCUGAAUGCGCUGAGCGUGCAGAACGAGGACCUCGUUCUCGCGUCUGAGCGGCAUCGCGAGGCGUAUUCUGCGCUCGAGGCGCAGCUCGCCGAGUCGCGGAAACAGUUCCAGGCCGCGCGCACCGAGCUGCGCAACCUCAAGGCGACCUCGGUCAUGUUCACCUCGCAGCCCAUGUCGGAGGACCACCUCCCGGCCUCUCCCGACGGCAACAUUGCCGACAUGCACGUGUCUGCGUUCCAGAGUGCGAUCGACAAUCUGCUCCAGGUCGCGCGCUCGAGCCAGCCCACCGGCGUCCUGCCCGCCAUGAAGGCCAUCGUGGAGGCGGUGACGGCUAUAGGCGAGGACGUCAAGGCGUUUGAGGACCAGCCGAAUCUAGACGUGGACGUGAGCAAGCUCGAGUCGCUGAAGCACGACAGCACGACGCGCCUCGGCGCGCUCAUGACGGCGGCGCGGAACCACGCCAUGGCCUCGGGUCUCUCGCCCGUCGGCCUCAUCGACGCGGCAGCGGGCACGCUCUCCGCCAACGUGGUCGAGAUCAUCAAGCUGCUCAAGAUCCGGCGCACGGGCGCCAUGCGCGAGAUUCUGAAAAAGCGCGCAAGCAUGAGUAUAGCGGACAUGGUGCGCCGCACGCCGUUCGACGAGAACGAGGAGCGCAACGACGGAGGCGGAGGCGGGGUCGGCGGUAUGUCGCCCCGUGUGAGUCCCGGCCGCUUCGGGGCCAACGGCAGCGUGAAUGGGUACACGAACGGCUCGAGCCCCGGAUCAGGCUACGCGCCGCUCUCGCCCAAGGCGUCGCCUGCGUCGCCUGCGUCGCGCAACCAGCCCCUGGGUCACAACAACGUGAGCAGCCUAGGCGGGGGAAAGUACGAGACGCCCGCGUUCCAUACGCUCAGUGCGCAACCGGAGCUGCGCAUCAACAGCUUCCAGUCGGCCACGACGCGGUCCGACUCCUUUGACCUCGAGCGGAAACAGAGCAGUGCUUCUGGAGGGAGCUAUGCGAGCUCCCCGGGCGGCCCCGGCGGCCAAGGGCAGCAUCAGCGAUCCCCGUCCGGACCCUCAGGACAUCGGCGGCAGCCCUCCUCCGCGCAUAGGCGGGAGACCAGCUCGCGCGGCGGGGAUCGGGAAUGGGACGACGUGAAGCCGUACCUGAACACGCAAUCCUCAGCUUUGGUCUCGAGCAUCCAAUCCCUCCUCGCGGCAAUAAGGACAGGCGAUCAAGGCCAGACGCUGAACCAGCAUCUGUCCGAAGUCAUUGCGAUCAGCUCGAGCAUCGUGGGCGUGACGCGGAACUGUAUCCCGCCGAGUCUGAGAGUCAGGGGCGAUGAGUUGUUAAGAGACCUGGUCGCGAACACAAACAAACUGAGCGAGGCGCAGGAGACCUCGAGAGGCGAGCAGUUUGAUAAACAGACCCGACAGGAGAUUGCGAAUUACUCGUUUGGCGUGGCCAAGAGCUUGAAGGCGUUAAUGAAGCUGGGGGCGGAAUGA